UUUGAUGUAACUUAUAAGAUAACCUAUAAGUUAAAAUAAUUAACGUUUACUGUACAUGAUUGUGCAUUUUUCUCCCUCUACUUAUCGUGAAAAAAAAGAUAACAGACGUCAUAUAUCGUCAAUGUGAUUCUCAGCUAAAAUGACUGGUCGAUUGUUUACCGACAGUCACUCAGCGACCAACGCUGAACGAAUGUGUUGACGUUCCGCUUCAGGAAAUCACCAUCUUACUCCUUUUAAAAAAUUUCAUCAUAUUGAACAGUCGCCAGUCUAACAAGUGAGUCAAGUGUGUAAGCUCGCGAGGAAAUUUCUCAUUCGGGACGAAUUAAGGCGACGAAUAUUUGAUCGAAUCCCUAGAUUCGCAUAUUCGACGAGGAAUCGGUGCGAUUCAUCGGUGUAAUUGCAGAGCGAGUAGCAGCGAACGCGAAAGGAGUUGAAUCAGCUGUGAAAGAGCCUUGAAAGGGAAAUUAAACAAAAGUAAGCAUGAUUCCCUUCCGUUAUACGAGGAAUAACAAUAUUCUCACAAUGAACCAGAGGAUGUUCUAUGAGAAGAACGGAUAUUUAAUGUUCCCUCGCCUCAUACCGCAGGACCUGCUCGACAAAUGUCACAAAAGAUUUGACGAUAUCGUCGAGGGCAGGGCUCCACGUGACAGAAUCGUGGUGAUGCGCGACGUGAAGGACAGGAAAGCGGUAAAUAAGUUGCAGGACAUCAAUUUCGAUCCGGUGUUCCGCGAAUAUAUCGAGCACAAGAAGAUCCUUGACAUAGUCGAAUGCUUCACCGGGCCGAAUAUUCUGGCGAUACACAACAUGCUGAUCGCGAAGCCGCCCGACAUUGGAUUCGGCACUUCCAAGCAUCCGCCACACCAGGACUUGUAUUACUUCCCGAUCCGUCCGACUGAUAGCAUAGUGGCCACAUGGACAGCCAUGGAACCCUGUGACGAGGAAAACGGCUGCCUUUACAUCGCACCUGGAACGCACGUUUCAGAUCGGUUGUACCCCCAUGAGUAUCCCCCCGGUGCGUCGAACAAGUUUUACCACGGUAUACAGGAUCUACCGCGCACAAUGCACUGGUUAAAUCUCGAGAUGCAACCCGGUGACACGGUGUUCUUUCACCCGUUGCUUAUCCACGGAUCCGGCGUAAACAGAUCUAAUCGAACGAGGCGAGCUAUUUCCUGCCAUUAUGCGACGGUGGAUCACACUUACGAACUCGAUCCGGUUCAGCACAACAUCGAGGAGGAGGUAUUAGACCACGCGAGGAAAAAGUUUCCCGGCAUCGAGAUAUCGUACCAGGAUCUGUGGGCAAUAAAGUCCACGCUCGUGCGCGGGAUUCGAUCGUCUUUGUAAAACUUGCUUCAUGCUCGGGGAUGUUAAGGGAUGUGAAGGGUUGACGCGUGACCAAUUUCAGAUAAAUAUUUAUCGGGGUAGGGCGCGUGUGAUUAU